AUGCCUGGAUAUACUGAUGAUCAACUUGAUACUUUUGAGAAAAUAGUUGAUACCAAUAAAAUUGUAUAUUGUUGGGUGAAUCACAAGAAGAAAAAGCAUGCAGUCGACACCAAACUUUUAAUGAAAGAUCAAACGUUAAAAAAAGUACGACUAAUGUUCAAAGAAGCUUUAGAUUUUACUUCAUCAUUCAACGCUAAUAGAUUAAAGCUGAGAGAAUCACUUCAUCUUACUGAAGGUAUCGAACUUCCAGAGUCUCAGCUUUUGAUAAAUUUUGUUGAAGAAAAAACUUGUCGUCAUAUUAAGUUGAAAGUUUUGCAGCUUCAAAGAAAGCAAUCCGAUAACGGUCUUCAAAUUUGGGAAGAAAAUGUUGAAUUACAAGGUUUAAUAUUUUUGUAUAUUGAUAUUCUAAACCUACCUCUCGGUAAAAGAAUGCGAGCUCUGGCACACCUUGAAAGAGAAGUAUCCAGACUCUCUAUGAUAGAAUCCUCUGAAGCUCGGAAUAAAGCUGUAUCAAAAAGAGAAGAAUUACGUAAAUCCAGCUUAGUCAAUAGGAAUCAAGAAAGUGAGCAAAGUAUUAAAAGAGAAAUUGCAAAAAUUUGGGCAGAAGUUGAUAAUAUGAGUUUAGGUAUGGAGCACUUCUUCCGCGAAUUGGGCAGAAUCUAUAGAAUUUUUUCCGUUCAUUUUCAAUCGCACGAUAUUGUUGUGAAGCUACCUCAACUUUAUGCUGAACUGCUGAUUAGCGGUCACAUUAUAGAGUUGCUUGAUGGUGACACUGGUGCUAUAUCUGAAGCCUGGUUCUCGGCUAUUUGUAACUGCAUCUGUAAAAAGUUUCCAAAGCUUCGAAUUUUUGUGAUCAGCAUACUAGGUCUACAAUCAUCGGGAAAGUCAACUCUUUUGAACGCUCUCUUUGCAUGUAGAUUUGCAGUUUCUGUUGGAUGUUGUACGAGAGGUCUAUUCAUGCGUCUAUUAUUCUUGGAAAAAAAUUUAUCAGAUCAACUCGGUGUUGACGCCUUUGUCUUGAUUGAUACUGAAGGUCUUGGUGCAUCAGAAAAAAUGGAUGAUCCGGAAUCAGAAAAGAAAAAUCGUAUCUUAGCAACUUUUGCAAUGGGCGUUAGCAAUUUAACCAUUCUCAAUGUACUUGGAGAAUCAACCCGAGACUUAACUGAGAUCUUACAAAUGGCUAUUGUGACAAUGGCUCGUCUUGAAAAGGCCGAGAUGGCACCUGAUAUUCUUAUGGUACAACAUAUAUCUGAACGAAAUAAAGCAAAACUUUCUGAACCAGAAGAAAAGUUUCGAAUAGCUCUGCAGGAAGCUUUGAAAGUAGCCGAAGAACAAGACAUUGAGAUGGGAAUUUUCAACACAAAAUGUCUUCAUAUUCUUGAUGAAAGAAUAAAAAAAGGUCAGCUCCUUAAACAAUUUCGACCAUUUAAAAAUGGUGCAACUGUCUAUGCCCCACCUUCAGAGCAAUAUCACGAGGAUGUUGUCAAUUUAUAUGAAUCCAUACUUGCCGAUUGUAAGAAUUCACGAAGAAAAAUUGAAUUUUCUGAAUGGAAUUCAUUAAUUCAAGGUUAUUGGCGAGCAGUUUCUCUUGAAAAUUUUGCUGUUCACUUCAAGAAUAUCAAAGAAAUUUAUGAGUUUAUUGAACUUGGUAAACGAAUUACAAAGGUGAAAGAAACCAUUAGUAGGGCGUUCCUAAAGCAUGAGGAAAGUGUUAUGCAAGAAAUUCGAUCCAAGCUUCAAAAUUGGUCUCCCGAUAAUAGGGCAAACGAAAAUUCACGCCUUCGAAAUGAAUGUUUGAAGUUGGUUGAAUUGGGGAUAGAAGAUGUCCUAAACUGUGAUAACAACUCCAAUUGUGGAGAAUGUAAAAAAGUAAAAAAAGAACGGGUUGAACUGGAAGAGUACCUUAAGGAGAAAGAUAAUGAAAAAAGUGAAACGGAAACUAAACAAACCAUUGAAAAUUAUAUCAAACUUAAUCAUCAAUCUGUAUCCGAUAAACUUACUCGAAUGCUUUCAGCAAUCAUUAUCUGA